AUGCUUCAGUGCACGAAACGCUUUGAAGUUUCCAAUGGAUGCACUGCCACUCGGGUCAAAGUUACUCGCCUCACAGUAGUGGAGGCAAAGAAUUUCGAGCGAGUGUGUCUUGGAAGAAAUCGUCCCAAGAAUGACUUGGCCCCAAACCGGGGUGCCGAACAGGACCCGUCUCUGUACUCGGGGCAAAAGGCAUACUUGAAGGAAUUCAAGUUUGCGCAUGGGGCAACUUGGGCUCUUGAGGCCGUUGACUUUUCUGGCUAUGUAGGCGUCCCGAAGAAGGGAUUCAACAAGCCUUUCCACUCGCUGAGCGCAGCAGCAAUGCUCAAGUUCCAUAUGAAGAUAUCCCUCAAGUUGAAGGUCUGUGUACAUGCGUGCAUUGCAUCUGGCCAGGAUCAAACGAUCUUGCUGCGUUGGUAG